AUGCGUUUCUCAUUCGUCGCAGUCGCAGCUAUGGCUGUCGCCGUAGCAACAUCAUCUGUCAUCGCUGCAGAUGCUCCCGCCGCAUCAGCUGCACCUGGCUCUAUCAAUGCCAAGACGGGUGUCGAAGAUAUUCCAGACAGCCAAAUUAAAGUCAUUGAAGGUGGUUCAGGUGAUCACGACUUCGACGAGGAUGAUGAAGCUGAAGAUGCUAUCAAACCUGUCCGUCGUAGUCACAAACACAAGCACAAGCACCGCAAGAGUAACAAAUCAUCAGGUCACUACGUCAAAGUUCCCAAAGGCGCAAAGAUGAUGUACCACGGCGGAGAAGUUACAUGGUACGCCAGUCACGAUUUGCAAAACCCACAAUGCGGUAACGGUCAAUGGAACCCAACCAACAGUUGUCACAUUGGUGCAGUCAUGUACGGAUGGAACGGAGGCCCAGAAUGCGGUGAAUUCGUUUACAUUUGCAAUAGCGAAAACAAUUGCAUUCGCGUUCGUAUCGUCGACAAAUGUGCUGGAUGCAAAGAAGGUCACAUCGAUUUGACAAAGAGUGCAUUCAAGCAAGUUGACCCUAAGCACAGCCUUGAUACCGGUGUGGUGAAGAACUUGAAGAUCUACUAUGCCGGCAAACCAUCCCCAUGGGAAGCAGCUUUGUUCGGCCCCCUCAACUUGAAGGGAUAAGAUCAAAAAGCAACAUAAGCACCAUGGUUCAUUCUCUUUCUUCGCUUGGGUCGAAGAAGGGUUUGAUCGCCAUCAUUCAACGUAACGGGAAUACGCGUAUCAGGAUUUCCGUGCAAAACACAAACACACAUCAUGAACUUCAUACCAACAUUUCAUCAUCAAUUUCAAUUGCACUCAUCUCUUAUUAAAAAGUUUUUAUUUUUUCGGUUCGUUUCUUAUUGCACAUCAGU